AUGUCCUCCAUCUUCAAUUCCCCGCCUCCAAACCAGGCCCCAGGCCAGCCCUAUGAUCUCUCCCCGCUAGACCCCCUAAACAAGUGGCCCGCCGCCAACGUGGACGAGAUCUUCCGCGAAGACGACGAUGGCGCGCCGUACAGUCUAGACGACCAGAUCGACUGGUCGGGCGUGGUCGCAAGCCUGGUCGGGCUCGUGGGGGGGUUCGUCGCCUUCCCGCCGGUGAUGCUUCUCCUCGUGGGAACCAUGCUCGCUGUCGCUUUUGUGGCGCCGUUCGUGGUGGUGUUCGGCAUGGUGGCCUUGUUUGUGGUGGUCACGGGCGUGGUGUUUUUCCUCUCAUUUGUGGGGAGUUGUAACGGUGCCUGCUGCAUCGGGAUGGGAAGUUUGUGGAUGGUCUGA